AUGGAUCCUUUUAACAGUGCUGAGGCAUCUUCGGAAUUGCAGACGUGUAAGAAAUGCGAGUUGCCCAUUAACGAGGGCCAUGCAUACGAACUCGGAGACGAUAGAUGGCACAUCCCUUGCUUCAAAUGUUCCAAAUGUAAUACGUCGUUGGGUUGUAACUCCAAUUUCUUGGUUUUGGGUAACGGCAGCUUGAUAUGCUCCAACUGUUCGUACAAUUGUAAACAGUGUAACAAGAAGAUUGACGACUUGGCGAUUUUGACGGGAGAUCAGGCGUACUGCUCAUCGUGCUUCAAGUGUCGGUCAUGUAAGGAGAAAAUUGAAGAUUUGAGGUAUGCCAGGACGUCGAAGGGGUUGUUUUGUAUGAAUUGUCAUGAAAAGUUGAUAGCCAAAAAGAAGAAAUACGACUUGAAGAAGCAGGCGUUAGCGAAGCAGCAAUUACUUCAGCAGCAGCAGCAACAGCAGCAACAGCUUCAACAACAAUAUCAAAACUACCAACCUGCUGCUGCUCAGCCUCCUGCCAGAUCUCACCUGCCCAUUAUAUUGGACGAACAACCAUUGAUAAGACCUCCUUUGGUAAACCAAUUGAGCCACGGCCAAAAUCCAGUAGGGCAAAGAAUAACAACACCUUCCCCACCUCCACAGCUGCAAACCCUCAACCCAGUACAAUUUCCAGAGUACGCAAGUCAAGCAGAAACGUCGAAGGCUGAGUUUUAUGAACAACAGAGCAGAUCCACUUCUAGCAUCAACAAGAAUUUACCACCACCUCCACCACAGUCCCAAUUACUGAACAGUCACACACCAUUAAGUGUAGGCAACACAGGACCGGUCAUAUCCAGAGAUUCUGUACUCUCUCAGAGGACAGAAAGCUCAUUUACAUCGCAUAAUUCACUCGGAACUCAGGGCACAUCACAGUUUUCCACUCCAAUAACAGAAUCCGUGUCGAGAUUGGAACCUCAAAGAAUCCCUGCACAUAUAACUUCUGCCGUGGGAACCACAACCAUGACUACAUCUCCACCAUACUCGAAUUCACACAAUACGACCGUGACGUCAAUAUCACAAUCCGGCAAAGAAAUAGGUGAAAAUGACGAUUACAAUAUCGAAGAGAUCAAUGACAGCGACGACGAAUUAAAUCAGCAAAAACAGGUUCAAAAUUCCCUGCUGCUGAUAAGAGAGCGCUUCGCUACCUCUGCUAAUUCUAUUAGAAGUAGCCUCCAUUCGCCUCCACUUUCACAACACGAAAGCUUAAGUAACGGAAUCAAAAGACAUGGAAGCCCUUCCAUAAAGAGUGUCACAUUAAAUCCAUCUACUCCUGAAAUGCAACAAACUAGAGACAACCACUCGAUACUUCAACCUGCUGUCGAAUUGUCGGCCGAAAGAGGUGAUCCUGAUGCUAGAAGAAGAAGGAAGAAUUCUGUAGAAACAAAUGCUUCUUCCAUUGAAUUACAGCAACAUCAAUUACCUAAUCCAAAAGGUAAAAAUAUUCUCAUUCGUUCCCCUAACCAAUUUCAUGACCAUGAAUUCCAUUCAGCUAGAAGUGGAAAUAACGAACAUCUUGAGAUUGUAUCUAGUGGUAGUGAUAUCAAGCAACAGGUGGUAACUACAGAUGAAUCCAACAACGACAGCUCUAACUACAAACAAAGAAUGAACUCUCCUUUUGCGAAGGCGAAUAGGCAAGCAAGAGUUGUAGAGACUAAUGAUAGUAUUUCUACUGAUAUGGGUGGUGAUGAUAGUUUGUUGGACGACGAGAUAUUCGCUGCAGCAGCAAACAUCAACAGUACACCAAAAAAGAAACAACAAUUGCAACAACCGGCAUCUAUGGCAUCUCCUCCUCCAAGAGUUCCACUUCCAUCGGUCCCCUCAGUACCAUCUACACCAGUCAGGAAAGAUUUUAGCGACAACCAUAGCAACAGUACAAAUGCAACGGUAAUCACAGGAGGAAAUAACUCGAACAAGAAUACGGCUGAAACUACAGCUACUAGUAUUACAAGACUCACCGACACUAUACAAGACGAUGAAGAUGAAGAUAAGACAGCUGAUCCACAAGGACUUGGAUUGGAUAUUGACUAUUAUGACCUGCAUCGUGACUACCUUAAUAGCUAUCUGUCUCCAAGGCAAAGUAGUAGCAGACCUGACAGCGGAGGAAAAUUGGCAAGCACAACUGUUACUACCAACCCUACCCCCGCUGUUACUAAUCUCGAGGAACAAAUUCCAAUCGAACAUACAUCUACUCCUGAGCAGUCAGGUAGUAUCAGUAGAAAGACAUCAAUACUCCGUACUCCUAAGUUGAGCAGUUUGAAGCAUAAGAGGUCUACGUCAGCUGGUUCAAAUAAAUUUGGAUCCUUGUUCAAGAGCAAAGAUUCUGAUCCUAUUGUUAUUAACAAUAUUGUCCAGGUAGCAACUCCUCAAAGGAGCCAUUCUAGGCAUGUAUCGGAAGGAUCCAUUACUGGCUCCGCCUUUUCCACUCCUCCAUUACCGUUAACAUCACCUGCUCAACAUACAAGUAAGUUCUCUGGAGGGCCUGGGUUCAACCGUGAUCAUUUCAGGUCAACUUCAGAAACUGGUACAAUUGACGUGCAUGAAGAUCUAACUCCAUUUGCCAGAUCCGAUUUAGAGAUGAGAUCUAUAAAGUUGGAAGUUUAUCAAUUGGAUAGUCAAAAGCAAUUGUUGAACGGUGAGGUUAAAAGAUUAUACAAUGAAAGAAGUAAAUUGAACCAUACUUUGAAGGACUUGAAAGACAAAAUUAAUGGCGACACAGGUCUUUACGAGAUUUUAUUGAAGGAAGUUGAUGAAUUAAAGAAAGAAAAGAAGAAAUUGUUAGAAGUGAACAAUGCGCUUUCUGAAGAGAAUCAUAGGUUAGAGAUUAAGAAUGCAUCUCAGGUCACUGUUACAAGCUCACAUCAUAAACAGGGUUCAUAUGAAUAUGGUACCAGUACCGAUUACAGUGGUGGCUCUACUGCAUUGGCUCAUGUCCCAUCACAAUCGUCUGGGUUAGUGGCAGGGGCACCAUACUCAGAUGAACCUAACGACGAAAGUCCUGAGACGCAUAAAGCUACAAAAUUGAAAUUUUGGAGAAGACCCAAACUUGGAGUUAUGAAUGCGAAUGGUAAAUCUGUUGGUCAACAGGGCUCUUAUUCUAACACAUUGAAUACAGGUAAUACUCCUAUGAUUGUUACCAAUAGUUCUAAUGGAAACAACAACAACAUCAUCAAUGGAAACAAUAGCAACAAUAAUCUUGGAUAUAAUGUUAACGGAAAUAACUUUAAUAACGGUUCCAUGAAUGACAUCAACAACGCUAACGGUAAUAGCCAGCUUCCAACUAGCCAAGCUUACUCAUCCUAUGCAAUCAAAAUUCCAAGUAAUCAACAGGGUAACCCCAAUGGAAAUGCUGGUAACAACGGAUCAAUUGCUAAUACUAACAACAAUGUCACUAAUGGUAACAACGUUAAUAGUACAGUGGUCAAUGGAAAUGGUACUGAAUAUCUUACCACCGUCACCUCGUCAACAGACAAGAAGGGAUUAGGAGGAUUUAUAACAAAGUCAAGAUCUUCAAACAUCUUGGAUAAUUUUUUGAAUGGCUCGGCAUCAAAUCAAUCUUUACCAGAAAAUGUGGACCCUUGUCCACUUUUUACAUCUACUUUACUGAAGAGAGCUUUAUACGAGAAAGAAGACUUCCCACUUAUUAUAACUAAAUGUAUUGAAGAGGUAGAAAAGAGAGGAUUAGACAUGGAAGGUAUUUACAGAAUAUCAGGAGGUAACUCAGCGAUCGUUUCUAUUGAGAAUGCCUUUACUAAUCUCCCACCUAAUUCAGCAAAUGAUGAAAAGUUAAUGACCAAAUUGGAAGAAACUAUCGGAGGCGAUAUUAACGCUGUCACUUCAGCUUUAAAAAGGUAUUUGAGGAAGUUACCAGAACCAAUUAUCCCAUAUUCAUUGUACGAUGAUUUUAUCAAGGUGAGUUCUUCCAAUGCUCCAAAUAAGAUUGAAAAGAGAAUGAAAGAUUUAAGAAGUGUUAUUCAGAGAUUACCCAUUGCCAAUAGGUUAGCUUUACAGGCGAUUUGCCAACAUCUUGAUUUAGUAAAUUCAUAUUGCAGUGUUAAUAGAAUGGGAUUUAAGAACUUAUCAGUGGUGUUUGCGCCAACGUUAGCAAGAGACGAAACUGGUCAAAAGGAAAUGAUUGAUAUGGGAUACAGAAAUGAUGUCACAGAUUUGAUGUUUUCGAAUUUUCAAAAGAUUUUUACUUGA